GAGCGCUUUCCCAGUAUACUGCCGUCAUCCUCUACAAGUUGCACCGGGACGGCCGCGCCGGAAGUUGUACAAGAAAAUUCACUCUUACAUCUAGAUGCCAGCGAUCGGGUAGACGGAGACCAUGCAGUUGUUGUUGAGGAUGUUGAAGAGAAGAGGAUGAAAAGGUCUCCCGUACUUCUGAAUAUUGAAGAAGCGGUGGCUCUACCACCUGUAGCGGAAGAGCAGUCACGUAGACCCUGCAGGGCGUCUGGACCAGUGCUUCCUGCGGGCACGAUCACGCACCGAGAACAGCAAUUGAGAGCAGGAUCAUUGGGGAGCUCCACUACACAGAUGUUAAAGAACACAGCAGCAGGAGGUCAAAAAACCCCCACGGCGCGCACUC